AUGGGCGGAAUUUUUUCAUCAACAAAUAGUACAGCACAAAUCUCAGGAAUUUUACAGGAACUCGAGAGAACAAGAAUGGAACGGGAAAUCGCGCUAGCCCAAUUGCAAGAACGUCGUCGAAUUGCUUUCAAGCUCGCCGAAGAACGCGAAAAAUUCAACUGGAUUGCGUGUGGAGGCGGAUUAGUCGUCGUUUUGUCCGCCCUCUCUUCCUUCCAUCAUAAAAACCUCCUCCACGUCAUCCCAAUCUUCCCAAUGGCGUCGUUCAUCGGCUACAAAGCACACUUUUGUUACGGAGAUCAGCUGAAAAAGAUUUCCGAGUCUUCUGCUCAUAUUCUUGAAGAAUCUGUGGAUUCGCUGGUUCCACUUCCACCAACGCUGGCUGAUGUUCGACAUCGGAGCAAGCAAUUGAAAGAGGAAGAGAGUCUGGCGAAUUUUUAA